AUGCACGCUCAAGUUCCGCCACCAGGCACUACAAGUAAUGCUCUCGUUGUGAAAGAACUCAUUUCGAAGUUUGAAGAGCUUGGAAGAGAUGUCAUCGAUCGCUGCGGAAGAAAGUUCAAGGAGAAUAUUCAAAGAACUCUUCCAGAAAAGGAGAAGGCUUUCAUUGAUUAUCUUUCUUCGAAGUAUUCUAAAAUGGUCGAAAAUACCAACAAGGAUAUUCAAGAAAUCAACACCGAACUGGGUCUCAAUCUGCCACUCCAAAAACCAAAGGAGAUCUCUGCCUCGCAUGUUGAAGAAAACAAUCUGAAAUUCAUUACCGCAGAAAGAGAGCGUAAUGCUAUCCAGAAGGAACAUUUGAAAAAUAAUUUUGAUGAAUUCAAUCUUGAAGUUACUACCAUUCUUGAAAUUUCCGCCACUGAGACCAUAUCCUCUCUCACUCUACCUACCGAGAGCCCGGAUGACAAAGCCACUAUUGCGCAGACCGUGAUCAAACUUGAAGCUGAAAAGGAGCAAGACAAAACAGCCAUCGCUAAAUGGCAGUCCCUCUAUAACGAGGUCCGACAAGAAAACACCACUUUCAAAGAAAGAAUGAAACAACUCAAUGCAAACAUCCAAUACUACAAAGUGGUCGCAAACUCUUGUUCUCUUGUCCGCCAAGGAUACCACAAUUCUGGACACAGUUUCCGCGACGACGGCGGAUUCCAUGGCAUCAAAGGCCGCCCUCUAGCCGUUAAAAAGGUGAACGAUGUUCGUAAUAAUGCAUGUCAUCAAGGAGACGUCGAGACAGAUUUCGCUCUAUUCAUAAUCGAUCCAAAUCGUGCUAGUUGGAACAUUGGAGGGGAGCGCUACAAGGAUUUCACAAACUCGUAUGGUGUCACUCCAGACAAAUGGGCGAAGAUUAUCUCACUUUCCAAAGCUAGCCCCGAUCCAGUUCUCGUCGAAGUUCUCAACAUGCACUCGACAAUGCAUCGAUGUUACUCGAACAUGGAAUUCACCCACAGCCCCAAGAAUGAUGAAACUUUCAAUGGCCUCUUCGAAAAGCUUUUCAAGAUAUGCAAGGAUAUGUUGGCAACUGCAAACUCAUCCCUAUCGACCAAAAUAUACGAAAACCUUGUCUUCAUUGUCAAGCAAGCAAAGAAUGAUCGCAGUGCAAUGAGGAGAAUAGUUUGGGAAACUGUUAAAUGCGAGAAAGCUCGGUGCUCCAAACGAUCCCGAUUGAUUUCGCCAUGA